GAAAGUCCACUAACGACUUUUUUGUUCUUUGCCCAUCAAUUAAACCAAACAUCUGCACACAUAUCCGCUCAUCAUGUCCGCAAGUGCAGAAGGCCAAACUGACCACAAUGUCGAAAUGUGGAAGAUGAAGAAGCUCAUCAAGAGCUUGGAAGCAGCACGAGGCAACGGCACUUCAAUGAUUUCCCUUAUUAUUCCCCCAAAGGAUCAGAUUUCCCGUGUUGGCAAAAUGUUAGCAGACGAAUACGGCACAGCAUCCAACAUUAAAUCUCGCGUUAACCGUCUCUCUGUCUUAUCCGCCAUUACAUCCACCCAGCAAAGAUUGAAGUUGUACAACAAAGUGCCACCAAAUGGUUUGGUCGUAUACUGCGGUACCAUUGUAACUGACGAAGGCAAGGAAAAGAAGGUCAACAUUGACUUUGAGCCACACAAGCCCAUCAACACCAGUUUGUAUCUUUGCGACAACAAGUUCCACACCGAAGCUCUGUCCGAAUUGCUUGAAGACGACGCCAAGUUUGGUUUCAUCAUUAUGGAUGGUAACGGUUCGCUGUUUGGUACCUUGUCCGGUAACACUCGUGACGUGAUUCACAAACUGCAAGUCGAUUUGCCCAAGAAGCACGGUCGUGGUGGUCAGUCCGCUCUCCGUUUCUCGCGUUUGCGUGAGGAAAAGCGUCACAACUACGUUCGCAAGAUCGCAGAAUUGGCCGUCUCAUUCUUCAUCACUGCUGACAAGGUUAACGUUGCUGGCCUUGUGCUGGCCGGUUCUGCUGAUUUCAAGAACGAAUUGUCACAAUCCGAUAUGUUUGAUCCUCGUUUGCAGGCAAAGAUUGUCAAGGUUGUUGACGUUUCGUACGGUGGUGAGAACGGUUUUAACCAGGCUAUCGAAUUAUCCGCCGAGUCGCUUUCCAACGUCAAGUUUGUGCAAGAAAAGAAACUCAUUCAGUCCUACUUUGACGAAAUUUCCCAAGAUAGCGGCAAAUACUGCUUUGGUGUCGAUGAUACGCUCAAGGCUUUGGAAUUGGGUGCUGUGGAGAACUUAAUUGUCUGGGAAAACUUGGAAAUGAACAGAUAUGUGCUUCGCAAUGCAGCUGGUCAGGAGAUCAUCUAUCAUCCUACCAAGCAGGAGGAGAAGGAUCGAUUGUUCAUUAAGGACACCUGCGAAGAGGCAGCACCAAAUUCGGAAAUGGAAGUUGUCGAUGUCAAGCCCCUUCUCGAAUGGUUCGCUGAAAGCUACAAGGAUUUCGGUACCAACCUCGAAUUUGUUACCAACCGUUCGCAGGAAGGUGCUCAGUUUGUCAAAGGCUUUGGUGGUAUUGGCGGUAUUCUCAGAUACCGUGUCAACUUUGAACAACUCAAUUAUGACUCUGAUGAAUUCUUCUCUGAUGACGACUUUUAGAUAAACCAUCAUUUGUAAAUGAUAUAAUCGCUACUGGUGCGAUGCAUUCGUCCAACACCUCCCUUUACGUCUCCUCAAACCCGCCUUCUCUCAUCUCUUCUCUGUAUACUUUCGCAAUAAAUUCUUAUUAACUAGC